AUGUUUUUGGGUCUUGAAGUGGCAUGGUCAAAAUCUGGUAUUUCCAUUUGUCAACGAAAAUAUGCUCUUGAACUCUUACAAGAUACUGGUUUUUUAGCAUCAAAAUCUACUUAUUAUUCAAUGGAUCCAAAAUUAAAAAGCUCCAAGUUUGAAGGUGACCCUAUUACUGAUCCUUCCCAAUAUAGACGGUUAAUUGGUCGUCUAUUGUAUCUCACUAUCACACACCCAAAUAUCUCUUAUGCUGUGAAUAGAUUGAGUCAGUUUGUAACUACACAAAGACAACCACAUUUACAAGCUGUUCAUCAUCUUUUGAGAUACAUUAAACAUAAUCUGAGUCAAGGAUUAUUUUUCUCUACAAGACCUUCUUUUCAGCUCAAAGCUUUUAGUGGCUUGGAUUGGGCAGGAUGUGUUGACACUCGUAGAUCAGUCACUGGAUUUUGUGUUUUCUUAGGUGAAUCGUUGAUUUCAUGGAAAUCUAAGAAACAAACUAUUGUUUCUCGUUCAUCCACUGAAGCAAGGUAUCGAGUUGUUGCUGCUGUAACAAGUGAACUCAUUUGGUUGCGACAUUUACUUCAUGAUUUUGGAUUCCCGUCGUCACUUCUUAUUUGA